ACAUGUGCUGAAGUCUCGACAAAAGAGGAAGUCAAAGCUGGAGAGGACACGUCUGAGCUUAGAUCUAAGUUAUUGGUUUUUAUGAUGUUUUUACAGGAUUUUCACGUGACCUGAGGAGGUUGUUGCCUUUACAGAAGGACUAGUUUAACAUCAGCCUGCCAUGGGCCAGGAUUCAACACUGGGAAGCCUUCUGCUAUUCCUUGGGCUAUAUGGGAUCAGUACAGGAUUAAAACAUGAGAACUGUACCAACUACGAUGUCCAGUUUGACAGGGUUUUUUCCGUUCCCGGGGAUAUGGCUAUGCUUAACAGCACCCUGGUGGCCUCAGAUGUCUUCAACUUUACAACUAUCCCUUACAACAUCACCUGGUACAACUCAAAGACAGGCCAAGAAAUAAGAAACCAGAGCGGUCGAAUCCUGGUGCACGGGAAGACUUUGUGGUUUCUUAACACCAAGAGAGGCGACGAUGGAGAAUAUGUGACCAUAUUGAGAACUCCCUCUAGGUGCUACAGGCAGGUCACCAAGCUGGUAGUAGAUGACCCCAUUGCUGGACAGUGUGGACGUCCGAGGAAAGCUGGUCAAACGCUUACAGUCGGAGUUACAGACAUCCUGUCCUGCCCUCUAAAGGACUAUAUGAAUGAACUGGACAGCUACAACAUCCCUUUCUCCAUCAACUGGUACAGAGGUUGUGACUUCAUUGAGGAUGGGAAAGACAAGUUCACCUACAUGGGUAGGGGAAAACUGAAGAUUGAUGGGGUGGAACCGAGUAACAACUCCUCCUACACCUGCACUCUGAACUUCACUCUCGGUGGCGUGAAGGGGUCUGUGUCAGAGACAAUUGAUGCAUGGGUCUCAAGGACAUACUCGUUGAAGCCAGUAGUGCAACAACCGGCCAAUCAAAUAAUCAAAGCAAAGAUAGGGUCAAAUUUCAGCCAGAAGUGCCAGGUGUUUGUACCAUGUGUCGGGAGACCUGGGGUUCACAUCUUUUGGUUGGUCAAAAAUGAUAUUGUCGGCAUGAAACCCUCUGAACGCGUCUACACUUCAGAACAACGUCCGACGUGGCAGGAUGCUCCUAUUAAAGGCGCCUUAUUGGAGCGCGAGCUGAUUUUUUCUGAGCUGAGGGAGAAGGACUUCAACAUCAACUACACUUGUAAAGCAUUCAGUGCCAGGGGUUCUCCUGAAGGCUAUUUUACUCUGCUACCAGAAGAUCCCAACAUCAUGCUUCCCAUUGGAACUGUGCUUGGUGGCGUGACGGUCCUCUUUCUCAUCAAUCUCACAAUCUACUACAGUUUUAAGAUUGACAUUGUGCUGUGGUUCAGAAGAGCUUUCCCAGUCCUCUAUACGAACACAGAUUUGGAUGGAAAGCUGUACGAUGCCUACGUGGCAUACCCCCAGCACUGUGCCAUCGGAUUCAGCAAGGAGGUGGAGGCGUUUGCCCUUCAAACACUACCAGAAGUGUUGGAAAAGGCCUGUGGCUACAAACUCUUCAUAGCAGACAGAGACUGCAUUCCUGGGGAGGCCAUAGUGGACUCAGUGGAAGAGAACAUACAAGCCAGCCGCCGCCUCCUUCUGCUCUACACCGCCUCUACUUUCACCAGCAAAAGACACACAAGCAGCACUAGUAGCAACAAUAACAACAUCCCAGAGAGCAGUGAUAAAAGUGAAAGCAAGACCAGUGACCGCAGCAGCAUGACUUUUGAUAGAAGCGAAGAAGUUGAUCAAGACCCAAGACAGCAUUUUGAGCAUGUGUCUGCAAUGCACAGAGCCCUGCUGGAGGGAUCUCUAAAGGUGAUUCUGGUUGAGUUGGAAGAGAUCACCCCGGCUCAGCUGGCUCUCUUCCCUGAGUCAGUGCGCCACCUGAGGAAGAAGCAGGGCGCAGUGUGCUGGUGGAAGAACCAGAGCACAGAGCAAAAGUGGAGGACAUGUACGAAGAGGCGGAAGGUUGAGCAGAAAGGAAAGGAUGAGGAGAAAGGAAAGGACACGCAGUUGUCGCCAUUGCUUUCCCCUUCCUCCAGGUUUUGGAAGGAGAUGAGGUAUCAUAUGCCAGUGAGAGGCAAGAGAGCAGUAUACCCCGAGAAAAUUUCCCUGCUGAACUUAUGAGGAGGUUAUGGACCAAAAGUAGCUGGUUUUCAAUGCAAAUGUGUAUGGAAGAGAAUCCCCUCACAUGCAGAAAACUCUGAGUCGUUACCAGAAGCUGUGAGAGGCAUGCUCUUGGUAAAGGCUGCAGCACAGCACCUAAAGGUACUCUUACUGCAAACGUCAACAGGAUGCGCAAUAGAAACUAAAAGAAGCUAACACUGUCCAACGUUUCGAGUUGUGCAGUUGUGAUGUCAAACAUCCUGUAAGUGCACCAUGUACAACACAUGCAAGAGUAGGCAGAGUAACUGAUCAAUAUAAGGGGGAAGAUGCUUUGCUCAAAGGCUUAAAAGCAGCAGCUCACAUCUGAUGUGCAGAUUGUCUGAGUGUCUUGCCUGUCCUGAGUUCGCCUGCAUCAGUACCUGACCUGUUGGAGACUGAAGAAAAAUGUGGACAAAGACAGACUGAUCAAACCAAAUGAUCAUGGUUCAUUGUAUACUGUACAUAUGUAUGAUUAAGUGUAAAUAUGUAAAAAAUAAAAUGUAUAGUGUCAUAGGAGGUUAAGGAGCAAACUGUGAGUUUUGUAUUAAAUGUGAUCCAAAACGGCUUUAUUAUUAAGAGGUUUUAUUGUCAUAAAUUCCCACAUUCCCUGUGAGAGAUUUUCCUGUUUUCU